CGGGUAAAGCCAGCCGAGAGCCGGCCCAGCCCCGCCGCCGGCCGAGCGCUGCCCGCGCACCCCCGCGGCCGCGCACUCGGCUCGGGCGGGCUCCGGCGGCAGGGCAGCAUGGAGCUGCCCGUGGACUUGUACCUGGCCGUCCCGCUGCUCUUCACCGUCCUGGCCCUCGUCCUCGCCUCCGCCUUCCUGAGGCUGCGGGGAGGCGGCGGCGAGCGGCGCCGGGAGCCCGCGGCGGAGCCGGCUCGGGAGGGCGGCCCCGAGGGCGAGGCGGCGGCGGGGCCGGAGGACGAGGGGAGCCGGGUGCCGGUGGAGGAGGUCGGGGUGGGUGACGAGGGGAAGGAGGCGGCCGCCGAGCAGCGGGACGCUGCGGUGGAACCGGGCUCGGCAGCCGAGCCCAGCCCCCCGGCGGCCGAGAGCAUCCCCCCGGCGGCCGAGAGCAUCCCCCGGCAGCCGCCCCAGGAGCCCCGGCAGCCGCCCGAUGAGCCCCGGCAGCCGCCCCAGGAGCCCCGGCAGCCGCCCCAGGAGCCCCGGCAGCCCGGGCACCGGGAGGAUGCGGAGAGCAAGAUACCACUGUUGGCUGCCUCUCCUGGAUCCAGCCUGGGGCACACGGGACAAGCAGAGGACAGCAGUGGCCAUGCAGCACUUUCCAGCCACGCAGAGGAGGAAGAGGUGGAUUCAGAAAACGAGAAGCUGGUGGUGAGAGAGCCAGAGGAUGAGGAUGCUGCAGAUGAGACAUUUUCUUUUAAAUACAGUCCUGGAAAGCUAAGGGGAAACCAGUACAAGUCAAUGAUGUCCAAAGAAGAGCUAGAGGAAGAACAAAGGGUUCAGAGGGAGCAGCUGGCUGCCAUCUUCAGACUGAUGAAGGAAAAAAGUGACACGUUUGGAGAGAUGUCUGAAGGAGACAUGAAGGAGCAGCUCAGACUGUACGAUAUAUAACCCUGCAGCCAGGGCAGGCUGAGGCCAAAAGCCAUCUUGGCCCUUGUUCUGCAGGACACUGGAGGCUGUAGUGCUUGAAAAGUAUCUCAGUAGUUAUUUUACAAACACAUAUAGGCCUGUGAUAUGUAUUUCAAAAGACUUGUAAUUCCUCAGCCUUUUAAUAAUUUUUCUUUGCAGAGCUAUCAUCUCAUACAGCGAUUUUUUACUUUUUUCUAGCUGGGUCAUAUGUCUCAGUCCUACAAAGCAGUUAAACUAUUUUUUUUUUUUUCUUUUUUUCUUUUCUGGCCAUGCUUUAUGCAAAUGAACUUUCAAGCCUACUCUUUCUCAGUUUGAUAUCUGAAAAAAGCCAAAGAUGAUAGGUGUAAAAUAGAUGAAAAUAAUAGAAUAACUCAGGUUAAGGGUCCUGUAGUCCAACCUCCUGCUAAAAGCAGUUGUGGGACCAAGGUGGGUAACUCAGGGCUUUAUCCUGUUGGGUCUUGAAAAGCUCUAAAGAUGGAGAUUGCACAUUCUCUCUCUUGGCAGGGAGGUUUCCAACCCUAGAGUUAGGAAACAAACAGCCAAAAGCAAGGCAUCAGUGUUCUGAUCAGGGGCAUGUUGCCCCUCAUCUCCCUGCAAAGAACACUUCAUCCUCCUUCGUGCUGGCUUUUGAAAGCAAUCCAAGCUGGUUCUGGCUGACCUCAUUGAGAUCAUCCUCACGCCUGAGGAAGCAGCAGCAAACUCCAGCCUGGAAACACAAACAUCUCCUGACACUGGUGACAGGACCACAGAAAGGCUGCUGGAUUUAUCACAAGGAUGGUUCACUUCACAUCCUGCUCUUCUCGUACAAAAUUAUGUGGGAAAUGAUAUACUUAGGAAAUCUUUGUCAUUUUAUCAAGUGUUUUGAGCAGUCUUGACCAGCCCUUGGUGGUUUGAAUAGAGUAAAUCAAUGAGCAUUCCUAAUUAUAACUAAAUGUCUUCUGGUGUGCUUAUCUCUCCUAUGAAAUCCUAUUAAAUACUUCCUUAUCAGGAAGGAUUUUCUUGGUUUUAGUAACUGCUGACAAAGGGAGGCAACAUUUUCUGACCCAGUUUUAGGGAAUGAUCACUUAAAAAAUUAGUUUUGCUUUAUUUUGUGUAAUCUUCUUCAGUCCGAGAAACCUAAUAUCUCAUCAUCUGGUAACUGUCCCCCAGUACAGUGUGUUCUGUAAUAUCAGACACUUAGAUUUUUAAGAAUAAUUUUAUCUUCUAAUAGUUUUCACUUAGGUCAAGGCAUAUUUAUAAUGAGAUCAAGCUGAUUUUACUACCAAUCAUGACUUAAUUUAAAUUUAAAAGUUAUUAAUUAUUAUUAAAAUUUAAAAUGAAAAUUACCUCUUCUUAUUCAACAAGAAUUAAUUAAGUGGGAAAAGUAGUCCCAUUAUGUGAAAUAUCAUGCUAGCUUGCUGUGUCCCUAGGACUGUUUCCUUUGUCAGGGAGGAAUAUAGAAAAUUUAUACUGGGGCUUGUCCCUAGCUCAAAACUGAAAUCAGGAUCUUUUCCAAAACUUUUCAUCAAAGCAAGCAAAGAAGAGAUAAAGUGUAGUUGAUUUUCAGUCUUUGUCUUGCUGACUUCACGAUUUAUUUCCAAAAUAUUUUUAUAAUUCUUAUGUUAUGGUUGGGUCUUCUCUGAAUGGGAACAUUCUGGGGAAGAAAAAAAAAAAUCCUCAAACCUUUCAGCUUCAGAUUAUGCCAGCAAUGGUAACACUGUACAAGGGACAGCAGCUGGAAUUAAACCUGUCCUGUCCAUACCAGCUCUGAGCAUCCUCACCAAAAUGUUCAGGUGCUGCUGGUAAUAGGAUAAUGGUGAAAAAUCUGUUAUUUACUAGGCUCAAAUUUAAGAAAGAAAUGAAGAUAAAUAAAAAAACCUCUGCCCAAGACAUGA